CUGCGCGGGGAGUGCCCGCUCCUCCCCCGCCCGCCGCCGCCGCCGCCGCGGGAGUAAAGGUCGCGGCUGGGAGCUGCGGCCGCGGCGCCUCCAGGAAGCCGGCGGGCAGGUCGGGGAAAGGGACGCGGAGCACCAACUCCCGCCGGGAAGAUGGCGCCAGCCGGGCGGGCCGCGCACUGAGCCGCCGCCGAGAGCCGACCGCCCGCGCCGGGCGCGAGGAGGCCCCCGCGGGACACGGGCCCGGCUCGGCCGCCGCGGGCCAUGUCGCUCAGCGAGCUCUACAGCCAGAACACCAGGGUCUGGAUCCCUGACCCCGAGGACGUGUGGCGCCCGGCCGAGUUAACCAGGGACUACAAGGAGGGGGACAGGAGCCUCCAGCUCAGACUGGAAGAUGACACUAUUCAGGAAUACCCCAUCGAUGCCCAAAGCAAGCAGCUGCCCUUCCUGCGGAACCCAGAUAUCUUGGUGGGAGAAAAUGACCUCACUGCCCUCAGCUAUCUCCACGAGCCUGCCGUUUUGCAUAACUUAAAGGUCCGUUUCCUGGAGUCCAACCAUAUCUACACGUACUGUGGUAUUGUGCUUGUUGCCAUUAAUCCUUAUGAGCAGCUGCCAAUCUAUGGACAAGAUGUCAUCUAUGCCUACAGCGGCCAAAACAUGGGUGAUAUGGACCCCCACAUCUUUGCUGUGGCAGAAGAAGCCUACAAGCAGAUGGCCAGAGACGAGAAGAACCAAUCCAUCAUCGUCAGCGGGGAGUCCGGAGCCGGCAAGACGGUAUCCGCCAAGUACGCCAUGCGCUAUUUCGCCACGGUGGGCGGCUCGGCCAGUGACACCAACAUCGAAGAGAAGGUCCUGGCGUCCAGUCCCAUCAUGGAGGCCAUCGGAAAUGCCAAAACCACCCGCAACGACAACAGCAGCCGCUUUGGGAAGUAUAUUCAGAUUGGCUUUGACAAGAGGUACCACAUCAUCGGGGCCAACAUGAGGACCUACCUGCUGGAGAAGUCCAGGGUGGUCUUCCAGGCAGACGACGAGAGGAACUACCACAUCUUCUACCAGCUCUGCGCGGCGGCCAGCCUCCCGGAACUGAAGGAGCUCGCCCUGACCUGUGCCGAGGACUUUUUCUACACGUCCCAGGGAGGAGACACGUCCAUCGAGGGCGUGGACGACGCGGAGGACUUUGAGAAGACUCGACAGGCCUUCACGCUCCUUGGAGUGAGAGAGUCCCACCAGAUAAGCAUUUUUAAGAUAAUCGCUUCCAUCCUGCACCUGGGAAACGUGGAGAUUCAGGCCGAGCGCCAGGAUGACUCCUGUAGCGUAUCACCGCAGGACGAGCACCUCAGCGCCUUCUGCCGCCUGCUGGGGGUGGAGCACAGCCAGAUGGAGCAUUGGCUGUGCCACCGCAAGCUGGUCACCACGGCGGAGACCUAUGUGAAGACCAUGUCCCUGCAGCAGGUGGUCAACGCCCGCAACGCACUGGCCAAGCACAUCUACGCGCAGCUGUUCGGCUGGAUCGUGGAGCAGGUCAACAAGGCGCUGCACACCGCCCUCAAGCAGCACUCCUUCAUCGGCGUCCUAGACAUCUACGGGUUCGAGACCUUCGAGGUGAACAGCUUUGAGCAGUUCUGCAUCAACUACGCGAAUGAGAAGCUGCAGCAGCAGUUCAACUCGCAUGUCUUCAAACUGGAGCAAGAAGAGUACAUGAAGGAGCAGAUCCCUUGGACCUUGAUUGACUUUUACGACAACCAGCCUUGUAUCGACCUCAUAGAAGCCAAGCUGGGCAUCCUAGACCUGUUGGAUGAGGAGUGUAAGGUCCCCAAAGGAACUGACCAGAACUGGGCCCAGAAGCUGUACGACCGGCACGGGGGCUGCCAGCACUUCCAGAAACCCCGCAUGUCCAACACGGCCUUCAUCGUGGCGCACUUCGCCGACAAGGUGGAGUACCUCUCAGAUGGCUUCCUGGAGAAAAACAGAGACACGGUGUAUGAGGAGCAGAUCAACAUCCUGAAGGCCAGCAAGUGCCCCCUGGUGGCUGACUUGUUUCACGACGACAAGGACUCUGUUCCUGCCCCCUCCACUUCUGCAAAGGGCUCCAAGAUCAACGUCCGCUCCUCCAGACCCCCGCUGAAAGCCUCCAACAAGGAGCACAAGAAGACCGUGGGCCACCAGUUCCGCACCUCCCUGCAGCUGCUCAUGGAGACGCUGAACGCCACCACGCCGCACUACGUCCGCUGCAUCAAGCCCAACGACGAGAAGCUCCCCUUCCACUUUGACCCGAAGAGAGCGGUGCAGCAGCUCCGAGCGUGCGGGGUGCUGGAGACGAUCCGAAUCAGCGCAGCCGGCUACCCGUCCAGGUGGACCUACCAUGAUUUCUUCAACCGCUAUCGGAUGCUGAUCAAGAAGAGAGAGCUCGCCAGUGGGGAUAAGAAGGCCACCUGCAGGUCUGUGCUGGAGAGCCUCAUCAAGGACCCGGACAAGUUCCAGUUUGGCCGCACCAAGAUCUUCUUCCGGGCAGGCCAGGUAGCCUACCUGGAGAAGCUUCGGGCCGACAAGUUCCGGGCAGCCACCAUCACGAUCCAGAAGACCGUCCGGGGCUGGCUGCAGAGGGUGAAGUACCGCAGGUUGAAGGGGGCGACCUUGACGCUGCAGAGGUACUGCCGAGGACACCUGGCCCGCAGGCUGGCCGAGCAUCUGCGGAGGACACGGGCGGCUGUGGUGUUCCAGAAGCAGUACCGCAUGCGGAGGGCUCGCCUGGCCUACCGGAAGGUCCGCAGAGCGGCCAUUGUCAUCCAGGCCUGCACGCGGGGCAUGUUCGUGCGGAGGAUCUAUCGCCAGGUCCUCCGGGAGCACAAGGCCACCGUCAUCCAGAAGCAUGUGCGGGGCUGGGCGGCGCGCAGGCACUUCCUGCGGCUGCGGGGCGCGGCCAUCGUCAUCCAGUGCGCCUUCCGGAUGCUCAAGGCCAAGCAGGAGCUGAAGGCCCUCAAGAUCGAGGCUCGCUCAGCAGAGCACCUGAAGCGCCUUAACGUGGGCAUGGAGAACAAGGUGGUCCAGCUGCAGCGGAAGAUCGACGACCAGAACAAAGAGUUCAAGACGCUGUCGGAGCAGCUGUCUGCGGCCGCCUCCGCCCACGCCAUGGAGGUGACGAAGCUGAGGAAGGAGCUGGCCCACUACCAGCAGAGCCCCGGCGGGGACGUGGGCCUGCGGCUGCAGGAGGAGGUGGAGAGCCUGCGGACGGAGCUGCAGAGGGCCCACUCGGAGCGCAAGAUCCUGGAGGACGCCCACAGCCGGGAGAGCGACGAGCUGCGGAAGCGCGUCGCAGACCUGGAGCAGGAAAACGCUCUCUUGAAAGAUGAGAAAGAACAGCUUAACCACCAAAUCCUGAGCCAGUCGAAAGAUGACUUGGCCCGCGGCUCCGCCCAGGAGAACCUGCUGGUGAAGAGGGAGCUGGAGGAGGAGCGGUCCCGGUACCAGAAUCUCGUGAAGGAGUACUCCCGGCUGGAGCAGAGAUACGACAACCUCCGGGACGAGAUGACCAUCAUAAAGCAAACCCCAGGCCACAAGCGGAACCCGUCAAACCAAAGUAGCUUAGAAUCGGAUUCCAACUACCCCUCCAUCUGCACGUCUGAGGUGGGCGACACGGAGGACGCCCUGCAGCAGGUGGAGGAAACCGGCCUGGAGAAGGCGGCCCUGGACAUGACGGUCUUCCUGAAGCUGCAGAAGCGCGUGCGGGAGCUGGAGCAGGAGCGGAGGAAGCUGCAGGCGCAGCUGGAGAGGAGAGAGCAGCAGGAUGGCAGGAAAGUCCAGGUGGAGCCACCAAAGAACGACAUCGACCUGGACCAGGACACAGAUCUAGCCUACAAUACGCUGAAGAGGCAGGAGCUGGAGUCAGAAAACAAGAAGCUGAAGAAUGACCUGAACGAGCUGAGGAAGGCCGUGGCCGACCAGGCCACCCAGAACAACGCCGCCCCCGGCUCCCCCGACGGCUACGGCCUCCUGCUGAACCAGCUCCGACUGGCCAACGAGGAACUCGAGGUGCGCAAGGAGGAGGUGCUCAUCCUGAGGACCCAGAUCGUCAGCGCCGACCAGCGCCGCCUGGCGGGCAAGAGCGCGGAGCCGAACAUUAAUGCCAGGACCAGUUGGCCCAACAGUGAAAAGCACGUGGAUCAGGAAGACGCCAUCGAGGCCUAUCACGGGGUCUGCCAGACGAACAGGUUGCUGGAGGCCCAGCUGCAGGCCCAGAGCCGUGCCCAUGAGGAGGAGGUGGAGUGCCUCAAGGCCCAGGUGGAGGCCCUGAAGGAGGAGAUGGACAGGCAGCAGCAGACCUUCUCCCAGACGCUGCUGCUGUCCCCGGAGGCCCAGGUGGAAUUUGGCGUCCAGCAGGAGAUGUCCCGGCUGACCAACGAGAACCUGGACCUGAAAGAACUGGUAGAAAAGCUGGAAAAGAAUGAGAAGAAACUCAAGAAACAACUGAAGAUUCACAUGAAGAGAGUCCAGGACCUAGAAGCUGCCCAGACGCUAGCCCAGAAUGGGAAGAGGCACCAGGAGCUGAGCAGGCAGGUCGCUGUCCAGCGGAAGGAGAAGGACUUCCAGGGCAUGCUGGAGUACCACCGGGAGGACGAGGCCCUCCUCAUCCGGAACCUGGUGACAGAGCUGAAGCCCCAGGCACUGGCGGGCACAGUGCCCUGUCUUCCCGCCUACAUCCUCUACAUGUGCAUCAGGCACGCGGAUUACGUCAACGACGACCUCAAGGUGCACUCCCUGCUGACCUCCACCAUCAACGGCAUUAAGAAAGUCCUCAAGAAGCACAGCGACGACUUUGAGAUGACAUCGUUCUGGCUGUCCAACACCUGCCGCCUGCUUCACUGUUUGAAGCAGUACAGCGGGGACGAGGGCUUCAUGACGCAGAACACCGCCAAGCAGAACGAGCACUGUCUUAAGAACUUCGACCUCACGGAGUACCGCCAGGUGCUGAGCGACCUUUCCAUCCAGAUCUACCAGCAGCUCAUUAAAAUCGCCGAGGGCGUGCUGCAGCCCAUGAUCGUUUCGGCCAUGUUGGAGAACGAGAGCAUCCAGGGCCUGUCCGGGGUGAAGCCCACGGGCUACCGGAAGCGCUCGUCCAGCAUGGCGGACGGGGACCACGCCUACUGCCUGGAAGCCGUCACCCGCCAGAUGAGCGCCUUCCACACGGUCAUGUGCGACCAGGGCCUGGACCCCGAGAUCAUCCUGCAGGUGUUCAAGCAGCUCUUCUACAUGAUCACGGCCGUGACGCUCAACAACCUGCUCCUGCGGAAGGACGUGUGCUCCUGGAGCACGGGCAUGCAGCUCAGGUACAACAUAAGUCAGCUGGAGGAGUGGCUCCGAGGGAGAAACCUUCACCAGAGCGGAGCCGUUCAAACCAUGGAACCCCUGAUCCAAGCAGCCCAGCUCUUGCAGUUAAAGAAGAAAACGCCUGAGGACGCUGAGGCCAUCUGCUCCCUGAGCACCUCCCUCAGCACCCAGCAGAUUGUCAAAAUUCUAAACCUUUAUACUCCCUUGAAUGAAUUUGAAGAACGAGUAACAGUGGGCUUCAUACGCACGAUCCAGGCACAACUACAAGAUCGGAAUGACCCUCAGCAACUGCUGUUGGACUACAAGCACAUGUUUCCCGUUUUGUUCCCCUUUAAUCCGUCUGCUCUGACUAUGGACUCCAUCCACAUCCCAGCGUGUCUCAAUCUUGAGUUCCUCACUGAAGUCUGAACAACGCGCAUUGCCAGCCUGGCUGGAUUGGCAGCGAGAGCAAGAAGACAUAUACAGUCAAGUGGCUUUAAGGGUCUGUUCAGGCUUUAAAAGUGGAUCAAAUCAGACAUGGAGAGGAUGUGCCGAGUGCUGAACCAUAAGAAGGAGAACACAGCUGUCAUUAUUUUUUGUACCUACUGCUCAGAAUAAAAACACUUGAAGUAUGGGAGAUUUUUUGAAGUACGAUUUCAGAAUAAACAAGUUCAUGUUAGCAUUUAUACCACCAAGCAAAGCAGUCCCCGUGGCCAUAAAAAAGGUGCCAAGCUACAAAAUGGAAACUGCCUUCUUUUGAUCUCUGCAUAUAACUGGAGAAUGUCCAAAAUAAAAUAUUAAAACUACGUGAGUCACAUAAAUUGCCUUCAGAGGCGCUUGACACUGUCAUAUAGCGUGACGUCUCCCCAGGGUGACGAGCUAUAGGUGUGGAUCAGCCUGUGGGGAAAUGUUUUGAGAACAGGAAUACAGGCCUGGGCCUUCUGAGAAGUUUCCCAAAGAUAUUUUUUAAUGCCUGGUGAUGCAGAGACAAUGGUGUAGCUGACCUCUAGACCAGACAUUUUGAGUAUUGGUUUCUGAAGCAAAAUUAGAUGAGGCAGUUCCUCAUGUGCUCAACUGCUUUUGUGCAGUCCUGAGUCUAUUGGAAUUAUGCUAAAAAGGCUGCUGUCCCAAACUAAGGAUGUGAGCAAGGAGGAAAGACGUUCCCAAUGCUAGUCCAUGUACUUACUGAGUCAACAAAAACCUAUAUAAGCGAAAAGUUAGAAAAGAGUAGCAACUCUUUUAUUUACAGAUUAAGAACCAAACAAGUCAAUGUGAAAGCCUUUAAUCCCUUUCUGCCACGAAACCUCCAAUGAGAACAUCACAGAACACACUGGUGAUUCCAGAUAACCCAAAUAAUACAGGAAAGCAAACCAUCUCGAGGAUCAAGUUGUUUGAAAAACCUUUGUAAAAAUCAGUUCAAGAAUUAAGUUAUACAAAAGAUCUUGGGGGUAUUUUUUUUUUGUAAGUAUUCUUUUAAAAGAGAGAAUAACUUAAGCCAACUUUCUCUUUUCGUGUUAUUUUCAAAUUUGCCACAUAAAAAUCAUAAAUAUCUCUGCUCUGAAAUAAAGAUUAAAAGAGUAUUUGAUGAUAUUACAACAGAUUUUAUAUGUUUGCUGCUUUCACAAAUUUGUCGUCAUCUCUUCAAAAUCAGGCAUUCAGUUAGAAAACCCUACAUAUAUUCUUCACACCCGUGUUUUUACUAUUUGUUCCAUACUUCUGGUAGAGAACAGUAUGCUGUUUUCAUGAUAAGAACAGAUGUUGUUUACAAAUCAUAGAGCCUCCAUGUUGAGUCAAGAUAAGAUUUCUCCAUGAAAUACACAUAGAACACCCUGCCACACACCCACCGUUAAUGCAGCCACUCAUCUUAAAAGGCUCUUGGAAACACAACACACACCAAGCCCUAACCAAUCAAUCUGUAUACUGUGCUCUUACAGCUCAACCUCCUUGGUCAUUCUCCCUGCCCACUGGGCAGAACAAGGCAUAGCACCUGGGCAAAGACUGCUGACCACCAUGCCCAAAUCUGUCACUGACCUUACCCCCUCUACUGCCACAUUCAACAUCCUGGCUGCUCUUGGGUGUCUACUGGUACGCAGAGCUGAGCCUCUUUCCCCAUCCAGUGACAUCAUCUGACAUCCAUGACACACACCCUUUGACACACACACACACACACACACUGUGUUUGGAAGGCCAGUCUAAAACCAAUUGGGUCCAUGGCUCCCUUUUUUAAAAUAUGUUUAUUAAGUAUUAGAGGCCUGGUGCACAAAAUUUGUGCACUGGAGGGGGGGUCCCUCAGCCUGGCCUGCGCCCUCUCGCAGUCCAGGAGCCCUCGGGGGAUGUCCACCUGAUGGUUUAGGCUCGCUCCCAGCAGUCGGACAUCCUUAGCGCUGCCGCAGAGGUGGGAGAGGCUCCCGCCACCGCCGCUGCACUCGCCAGCCAUGAGUCCAGCUCAGGGCUUCUGGCUGAGUGGCGCUCCCUCUGUGGGAGCACACUGACCACCAGGGGGCAGCUCCUCAUUGAGCAUCUGUCCCCUGAUGGUUAGUGCACAUCAUAGCGACCAGUCGUUCUGCCAUUCUGUCAAUUUGCAUAUUAGCCUUUUAUUAUAUAGGAUAAUUUACUUUUUACUGCAAUGUGUUUAAAACUGAGUCUCUCAUAUAAGGACUGUCCUUACUCUUCAAGAUAACCAAAAAUGCCUUGUCAGAGAGUCAAGGAGUUUGAAAGCAGUGAUUCCAUAAAUGCAAUGGCUUACUGUCCUUACAUUAUGACUUACACCCUCAUUCUCUCCAUCUCUUUGGGUCACUACCUCUCUGCUGUCACUGGUUAAUCACCAGGUGCCAACAACUCACUAAAUGAAAGCUUGGCAAUUAGAAUAAAUGGAAAACGUAUGAACAGUCCUCUACUCAGCCUAAGAAAUGGCAGAUUUAGUUCUCUUCUUCCAAAACAUAAAGGUGUUUCACUGGAACUAAAUUUAUAUAUACUUAAAAACAAAUAGCCUUUUAUAGACCACUAACAAUAAAACAAUAUAGUAGUUGGUUACUUACUGUUUAGAUCUGCCCUAUUUAACUUAACACUUAGAGACUGGAAUAAGCAUCUUUAGAGAAACUGUAAUCUUUUGUUAGCAUUUAUAUUUUUUUGCAUUUUUUAAAGUCAGUUCAACUCAAACUUUUUCCAACUUCAUGAAAUCAGUAUUUUUAAUUUAAAUAACUUAAUUCAACAUAAAGGUUUGAACUCUGUCCUAGAUAUCUGUCUUUACUUUUUAAUAUUUAUAAUUUAUUUGACAUUUUCUCACUAUGUGCCUUUAGCAGUUACUAAGAUAACUGACUUAUCACUUAGUUCUCUGAAGUAAGUGUUGCUGUGGGAAGAACUUUAAUGCCUGGCAUAACAUCAUGGUGAAGUUUUGUCUUUUAAAACAUUAGAAGCAUUUUAAAGAUUACUUAAGAAUCAAGUAUCUAUAGAUUAAACAAGUUGUGCUUUAAGUAUUAUAUGGGACCUACCCGGUUACCUAUAGUAAUGUGUGUUAUGUACGUACUAAAGGCCCGAUGCACGAAAUUUGUGCAAGGGGCUCGGCCCUCGCAGCCCCAGCUUCAUCUGGAAGGUCAUCGGGAAUGGUCAUUCUGCUGUUCAGCUGUCUGGUCUAAUUAGCAUAUUACGCUUUCAUUAUUAUAGGUUAACUAGAGGCCCGAUGCACGAAGAUUCGUGCAAGAAUGGGCCUUCCUUCCCCUGGCUGCCGGCACCGCCUCCACUCUGGCCCCAGAGCCACCUUUCCGCCUUCUCACGCUGCCCAGAGGCCUGGAGCAGCUGGGGCUGUGUGGAAUGCCUGCGUCCCACCCCACGCCUGACCACUCAGUGCCUGUGUAUGCAAAUUAACCCGCCAUCUUUGUUGGGUUAAUUUGCAUACUCCUGAUUGGCUGGUGGGCGUCACAAAGGUACAAUCAAUUUGCAUCUUUCUCUUUUAUUGGUGUAGAUACUUGUUGCUGAAGCUGGCAAGCAUAUUACUGACAUGCAUUCUCCCUGCCCAUCAUAUCUGCAGUUCCACAUAUGGUACCUGGCAAGCAGACUAGACCCAAAGGGAAAGACUUUUUUUCUCUUUUCAUGGAGCAUGUCAAUAGGAGUUUCUUCUCUUGAUUUUUCCUAUACUAAAUUUUAAGGCUUUUGUAAAAAAAAAAAAAAAAAAGAAAGAAAAAGAAAAAAAAGUGACAAAA